CUUUCGUCUUAAUUAAGUUACUUUACAACAUUAAUAAUGUCAGCGGUAACAUCAGAAAGCUUAAAGUCAGAGCUGGAAAUGUUCGACAUACCCUGCCAAGAUGACUCCGUCCUGGACAAGAUGGUGGAGCAGUGUAUCUGUAACAGGAUACAGGCAGAUGAGAUAGUGCUGGAGUGGGUGGCUUUUAGCACCACGAAAGAUGGACUAAAACUCACCCAGGACACCCUGGAGCAAUUCGAACAUGAGGUCUUAAACAAGAAGAGUAAAUCCAAACAAGGCAACAGAAGAGAUGAAACUCAUAACAGAACCAGAGACAUCCACUCACUGCAGGAGUUAAUCAAAGCUGAGGAAGAGGAGGAGAAUCUACUGGACGCUUACUCUACUCCUGCUAAGGGCUCUCAGAAACGAGCACUCACAACCCCAGAACACCCCCAUUCAAAGAGGAGUGUAGCUCUGCUGGCCAGUCCUGGCCUGCUGCUGUCUCCUGCCAGCUUCUCUCCCAGUGCAACUCCCUCACAGAAGUACAGCCAGCGUGGGGCAAAGGGAGAGGUGGUAGUCACGUUCGGGGCUGUGCAAGGAACCCGUUGGGUCGGCAAGAAGACUGGUGCAGGAGUCCAGCUGGAGCUGCUUGAAGGGCCUGAGGAGAGCCUUCGCUGCAGCUACAAGUUCAUGUUCCAGAGGCUGCGGGACAUUCGAAAUGUGUUGACAGAGAAGAUUGAGGAGCUGGGUGACGGUCUGCGGUCGCACUUUAACAUUGAGGAGUUCUCCCCCGUCUCGCUUCCUGCUCAGGACAGUAUAACAGUGCUGGGUCAGGUGUGCUGUGACAGUAAUGGAAAACUGAACGCACAGUCAGUCCUGUUGGAGGCGGGUCCAGAGCAAGGUGGUCAGCAAGUACCUUUGGACCUAUCAGAGCUCAAAGAGUACUCCCUGUUUCCUGGUCAGGUGGUGGUGAUGGAGGGAAUGAACACAACAGGGAGAAAACUAAUGGCCUCUAAACUCUAUGAGGGAGUCCCUCUUCCUUUCUACACUUCUGAGGUGAAAAUGGAGACGGAUGAAGAUCCCAUGAAUGUCCUGGUGGCCUGCGGACCAUACACCCCUUCUGACAGCCUGACCUUUGACCCUCUGCUGGACUUAAUCAAUGUCAUUGUCAGGGACCGUCCUGACGUCUGCCUGCUGUUGGGACCAUUUGUGGAUUCCAAACAUGAGCAGAUUGAGAAAGCCCAGGUGACUGAGACCUUUGAAACCAUUUUCACAAGAUGUAUUGAAAGCAUCGUGGACGGCACCAAAAGUGUCGGCUGUCGUCUGGUGUUCGUGCCUUCACUGAGAGACAUCCACCAUCAUUUCAUCUACCCACAGCCUCCCUUCACCCUGCCGAGCCUCAGCAAGGACCAGGCCCAGCGUGUGACGCUGGUCCCUGACCCCUGCACCCUGCUGAUCGACGGUGUGACCUUUGGCUUGACGUCAACGGACAUCUUGUUCCACAUGGGAGCGGAGGAGAUCAGCUGUGGCACUGGAUCAGACAGAUUCUCACGCAUAUUAAAGCACAUGUUGACCCAGAGGAGUUACUACCCGCUGUACCCGCCUGUGGAGGAGGUGAACAUGGACUACGAGAAGUUCCAGAGCUUCGGUCAGAUGCCGCUUACUCCCGACGUUCUCAUCAUCCCCUCUGAGCUGCGCUACUUUGUUAAGGAUGUGAUCGGUUGUGUAUGUGUAAAUCCUGGACGUCUGACCAAAGGCCAGGUGGGCGGGACAUAUGGCAGACUUCUCAUUCAGCGCAGCGCCUCAUCAGAGGACCAGAGGAGAGUGAGCCCCUGUGUGGCUGCUCAGGUGGUUAAAAUCUAAGCAGAAGGACUCAAAAUUCUAAUUGACACCAGAAAUGAGCUGAAUUUAACAAACUGAUGUAAAAUAUGUAUAAAAAACAGUUUAAACCAACUGACUUGGUUUAUUUUUAUAUGAGUGGGGAUGACCUGAUCAGCAGAUAUGUACUCUGGAUGAAGAUGUCUUGACUUUGAAUAUUUGUCACUCAGAUACAGCAGCGAUAACAAUGUCUUUUCAAUAAAUGAUUGUCACCUUUUGUACUACAUUUGAUACGAGUGUUCUCUUCCAUCUACCAGUGUUAUUAUUAUCCUGAAGUUAAAAAGCUUCUAUGGCUCUGAUUCAAUGAGACUG